AGCAAUACGCACUUGCAGCAAACACAACACCAAUGUACGCGGUUCCGGUAACUUUUAAACAGCAACCAAAUUUAUAAAAAAAAAAUAUUUAAAAUAAUAAAAAUUAAUUUUUAAAAAAUUGUUAAAAAACAGCUAAACUAAAGCUGGAAAUAUAGAAGAAAAUUGAUAUAACAAAAGCAAAAUGUUAGAUCGAUGUGAAAUGCCGGUUCAGAUCGACAACGACAAAUGUCGUCGCGAUCGUGAUACCCGUCUCUCAAAUCCACGCCUUGAUUUACCCUCCCUCUGCAAUGUGGGCAGUACACGAGGCUCUUCACGUAAUCAUCAUCAUUCGAAUGGUCAUCAUCAUGGUGCAGCACUGCAGCAGCAGCAGCAACAACAACAAACCACCAACAAUACACAACUACACAAUCGCAGUCCAUCGAAUGGCAAUAUUAGCAAUAGCAUUAAUAAUAACAACAAUAAUAACAAUAAUUUAGGAUCACCAGUGUCCUCGAAUACCGUUUCCUCGCAUGGCAAUUCAUCAAGUGGUGAGAGAGGCUCAUCGACCAAGUCCAACUCUAGUACGGGUAGUGGCAAUUCAGCCAGAGAAGAAAUGAAAUGUAUCACACCAAUGACGCCAUCAGAGCUGGUUAAAAAAUACAGCAAUUAUUUGACUGAUAUGGAAUUUGAAGAGCUAAGAGUGUAUAAGGAAAUCUGGUAUUUUGGACAACAUGCCAAUAAGAAUUAUUCCAAUAAGGUCUCAGCAUCCACCACCAAUUCGGGUUAUGAUGAUGAAAAUGGCAAUUAUAAAAUUAUUGAACAUGAUCAUAUUGCUUUUCGUUAUGAAAUUCUGGAAAUCAUCGGCAAAGGCAGUUUUGGUCAGGUUAUUAGAGCUUUGGAUCAUAAGACCAAUACCCAUGUGGCCAUUAAAAUUAUACGCAAUAAGAAACGUUUCUUAAAUCAGGCCGUUGUUGAAUUGAAUAUCUUGGAUGAGUUGCGUGAAAAGGAUGCUGAUGGAUCUCAUAAUGUUAUACAUAUGUUGGAUUAUAUGUAUUUUAGGAAACAUUUAUGCAUUACAUUUGAAUUGAUGAGUCUUAAUUUAUAUGAAUUGAUUAAAAAGAACAAUUACAAUGGUUUUAGUAUGAGUUUAAUACGUCGUUUUUGUAAUUCUAUAGUAAAAUGUUUACGUUUAUUAUACAAAGAGAAUAUCAUACACUGUGAUCUCAAGCCAGAAAAUAUUUUAUUAAAACAACGUGGCAGUAGUUCGAUAAAGGUCAUUGAUUUUGGCAGCUCUUGUUAUGUCAAUCGUAAAAUCUACACUUAUAUACAGUCGAGAUUUUAUCGUUCGCCGGAAGUUAUAUUGGGUCUACAGUAUGGUACCGCCAUUGAUAUGUGGAGUUUAGGUUGUAUUCUAGCCGAACUCUAUACCGGCUUCCCUCUCUUCCCCGGUGAAAACGAAGUCGAACAGUUAGCCUGUAUUAUGGAAAUUUUAGGACUGCCACCAAAAGAUCUCAUUGCCACUGCAACCAGACGUCGUUUAUUUUUCGAUUCUCGUGGAGCACCCCGCUGUAUAACCAACUCAAAGGGACGCAAACGUGCACCCGGCACUAAAACACUCUCACAAGUACUCAUCUGUCAUGAUCGCUAUUUCAUUAACUUCCUACAGCGCUGUCUCGAAUGGGAUCCUGCGGAACGCAUGACACCCGAUGAGGCAGCCCAUCAUGAAUUCCUACAGCCGUCUUCCUCCUCCAGACACAGAUCAUGCCGCAUGUCGACUUCAUCGUCUACGGGUGGCCUCAAUAAUUCAUCCUCGCAAAAGUCGUCUUGUUACAGUUUUGCCGAUAUCUCGCCAUCGGCCACAAAUGGCGGCCCAGUAGUGGCCUCUAUAACCAGCACAACGACAGUAAGCAAUGCUGCCAUAACUACCACAACCAAUAAGACCACACGCUCUAAUAAUAAUAAUCAUAAUCAUUUAACCUCCUCCCUAACAAAUGGUGGUGGUGGUAGUACUGGCGCUGGAGUGGGUGGAGGUUUAAAUGGCAAUGGUCAUCAUCAUGCUGCUAGUACACUACAUCAAACUGCACAUGCUCAAUCAUCGGGUCAUUUGCCCGAUAUUAAGCUAAGUGCUGGCGAUAAAUACAAUAGCAUGCAAAAAAUGGCUGUACGAUCAAAAAUUACUUCCUCAGUAUCCGAUCUCGAAUCUGUACAACAAUAUUCUUUACAUCGCAUGUAUGGUACCGCUGGCGGUUCAAAUGGCACUUUAGUGGGCAGCCACACUAACUCACAAAUGACCCAAUCGGCCUCGCGUAAACAUCUCAUUACCGGCACUCUAGGUUCUACGGCCUCGUCCAAAUAUGGCGGCAUUGCUACCUUGGGUCAUACACAUCACAAUAAUGGCAACAACAAUAAUCAUCAUGUCUCACAAUUGCAAACAUCACAUCAUAGCACUGCAUCCAGCAAUCAAAUCAAUAUGUCACAUUCUCAAUCGACGGGCGACGUGUCGGCCAUAUUUGGGCGUGCUUGACUUCGUGCCCGUCCCACAAAACUAGAGCUCAAAAAAUGCAAACUAGUCAAUAUGGUGGAUUUUUGGAGCUAGAAGUGGAAGCAAUUGGGUUCGCAAGAAACUACAAUACAUGAAACAUAAUGAUCAAGUAAGAGAGCCAGAAAGAUAGAGAUGGAAAAUGAGAGCAAAAGUAUAAGAAAACUCUCGGACUGUGGUAAAGAAAAAGAGAGUUGAAGUUUGUAGAAGGAAAGAAAAAAUAAAAUAAUAAAGCUGUGUUUCUUUUUUUUUUUAAUUAAAAUUAUAUUAACUUUAGUUAUAAGAGGAUUUAAUUAUUAUCAAACUAGAUCCCCUAUACCCCCUUAUACCCUUUAACAAGCCCCCCUUCCCCCUUUAGUAAAUAAGCGAAGUGAUCAUUAUGAACAAUUUAUAAAUUAAAGUAAAAAAAAAAUAUUUAUAAAUAUUUUCAAUAGAAAAGAAUUAACUGAAAAUAAUUGGUGUAAUAAUUAUACAUAAAAAUAUGUUAAAAUAAGAAAUUCACCACAGUUUAGUGAUAAUAGAAAAACACAAACAGAUUUACAAGAAUGAAAGAAAAAAAAAUCAUUUAAAUAAAAUAUUUAAAGAAAUAGUUUAAUAAGUUUGUAAUAGUUAUUGCUCAAUACAUAAAGAAACGAAACGGUUUUAAUUAACAAAACAUUAUUCAUUAUAUUAAUAAAAUAUAUAUAUAUAAACAAAGUUAUAAAAUAAAAUAGAAAUUCACCAUUAGGUGAAUUUUGAAAAUUUUUAAAAAAAUUUAUUAUAAAGAUUUUUUUGUUCAAAUAGUUAAAAAUAAAAUCUUAAAAAAUAACUUCUUAUAAGGAAGAGAGUAUUGUUUAAGAAAACUCAGUUAACAAAACUCACCACUAAGAAAAAAGUUUAAAAAAUUUUGAAAUUUUGAAAAUUGCAAGGAAACUUAAAGAAAACGUGAAAAAAAGUUAAAGAUAAACAUAGUGGUGAGUUUCAAAAACUCACCUUUUUCCAAAUAAAGAAGUUUCUGUAUAAUUUUUUAAUAUAUAUAUUAAAUUUAGCCUGUGGUGAGUUAUGAGAAGUGUUAAAAAACCCAAAAACUAAAAGAAAACCAAAGUGGUGAGUUUUCGUUAAACUCCCCAUUUGCCAAAUUAUCCACUUUUUUAACAAUUUUCCUAUAUACUACUAAGAAAUUUAGUAUUUUUCUUCAAAUUAUCCUGUGGUGAGUUAAGUGCCUAAAGUGGUGAAUUUGAAAAAACUCACCUUUUGUUAAAAUAACACAAUUUUCGUUAAAUUUUCGUAGUAUUUAAAGCAUUUUAACAGAAAUUUUUAGUUUUUGUUAAAAUUUACUCAGUGGUGAGUUACUUUUUAAAGUAAAGUACUAAAAAAAUGGUGAUCAAUGUUAAUUUUGCCUUCUGUUGUAAAAUUUCUUUAGUGGUGAGUUUCUUUUGCUAGUGGUGAGUUUCAAGCAAAAGAAAAAUAAUGUAUUUUUUAAAAUUUUCUUAGUUUUCAAUGUUAAUUUUGUUUUCUGCUACAAAAUAUAUUUUGUAGUGAGUUAUUUUUUACAAGUGGUGAGUUUUAAAUAAAGUCAAUUUAUAGCAAAUUUUCCACUUUUUUAAACUUUUUCCUGGCAAUUAUUACUAGUUUUCCUCUCUGGUCCAAAUUUAUUCCAUGGUGAGUUUCUUUUUACAAGUGUUGAGUUUGAAAUAAAGUCAAUUUAUAGCAAAUGUUCCAGUUUUUUCACAUUGUCAUUCAUUUGCAUUGAAUUUUUAGAAAAUUGUAGAAUUUUAUAUUAAUUAAAGAAAUCGCAUAAGCUCACCACAAGGUGAAUUUCUUUUUCAAAACUUACCUUUUGAAAACAAUCAAUAAAAAUAAAGAAACAUUUCUUUAACUAAUAAAAAGAAGCACAAAAUGUAAAAAGAGUUAAGUUUUUGCGAAAUUUUGAAAAUUUUUUUUCUCUUAAAUGUGGUGAGUUUCUUAGCAAAAUUCACGACUCCGAAAAAAAAUAAGAAUUUUAGUAAGAUUUGCUUUAAAAAACUUUAAUAAACCUUAAAUAGUAAGUAAAACUUAAUUUUUUGCAAAAAAUUUUGAAAACUCAUUAAGAGUGGUGAGUUUUGGAUAAUUGUUAAAACUCAUUAAGUUUUCAAAAUGGUGAGUUUUCAAAUAGAUUUCCUAAUAGCAAAAAUUCAAGAAAUGUCAUGAAACGAUUUGCAUGACAUUUACGCCGUGGUGAGUUUAAAAUGAAAACUCACCUUUUAGAAAUAUCGAGGGGUUUAUUGAAAUAUUGCUUUAAAUAACUCAAAUAAAGAGCAUUUGAAGUUUCUUUGUUGAAAUUUUGUUAAAAAUUCGAAAUUUUCUUAAAUUUUGAAAGUGGUGAGUUUAAUAAAAUAGCAUUUUUGCGCUAAAAAUAUAAGUUUUGUUUAAUUUUUUAACCUUUUUAUGAGUAUUAAAUUAAAUUUGUUGAUUUCUAGAAUAUUCACCUUGUGGUGAGUUGUGACUGAAAACUCACCACUAAGUAAAAAUUGAAGGAUUUACUCAAAUGUUUCUUUAAGUAUCAGAAAUAAACUAAAUUUAAUUUUUUUGUUUUAAAUUUGCUAAAAACUGGAAGAAAUUGUAAAAUUUUGUGUUUUCCCGAUUAUUCACCUUGUGGUGAGUUGUGAUUAGAAACUCACCACUAAGAAAAAUUAUUAUAAUUACUGAAAUUUUCUUGUAAAAAAACUCCCAUUAAGUAAAUUUUAAGUUUUUUGGUUUAAUUUAGUGAACAUUUUGAAAUUUUCCAGAAUUUCUUAAAGUGGUGAGUUUAGUAAAAUGCCACUUUUCUUACUAAAAAUAUUUUUUCACUUUACAUAGUAAAUUUUUUUGUAACAAUUUAAUUAAAUUUUGUAAUUACCCAUAUAUGUACAUCGUGGUGAGUUUAAUUCUUAAAUUUUUUCGAGUGGUGAGUUUCUAUAAUGUAAAUUUUUUCACUUACAAUUGAUUUUUUAACAAAAUAUAUAAUACUUUUAGUAGAAUUUUAAAGCAGAAAGCGAUUUUUAUGAAAUUUACCUCGUGGUGAGUUUCUAGUAAAAAUUCACCACUAAGAAAAAUUGAGAGAUUUAAAGAAAUUUAGCUUUAAAUAACCCAAAUAAAGCAGCAUUAGUUGUUUUUUUCUAUAUUUUUCUAAAAAAUUAACUCUUUACAAAUUUUUGAAACGAGGUGAGUUUCAGUUUUUUUCAAAUUCACCAUAAAACUCACCACUCAGCUAAAGUUGUUAAUAAAAUAAAACGAAUAACAUAAUCGUAACUAAUUCCCCACCCUAUAGUAAAACAAAAAUCUUAAUAAAACUUUUUAAAAUAAAAAAACUGUGGUGAAUUUAAAAUUUCUUAUUUAAAAAUCUUAAUUUUCUUUAAACUUAAAAUAAACAAAUAUUAUAAAAACAAUAAGAAACUGUAGUAUAAAUGUCUAUAUAAUGUUUAUAAAUUAAAAAAAAAACUACUAGAAAAGUAAAUGUUUUAAAACAAUUAAAAAUUAUAUAAUUUUCAUUGCCAAUAAUUAACUAUUUAAUAAUUAAUUAAAACAACAACAACAAAAAACACAAAAUAAUAUACAAUAUUUUCUAUAUUGUAUAUUUAAAAAUUAAGUAAAACAAAAAUUUAAACAAAUUUUUAAUGUGUAGUUUUUCCCCUAUUUUGCCCCACUUUUUAAAACAAUUAAAAAAAAAAAACAAAAACAAAUUUAAAUAAACAAACAAAAU